CUAUUUCCUGUUCUGCGCAGUGGGGUGGAAACAACAAUGGCGGUGACUGACAAAUCUACGAAAGAGCGGUUAUUAUCGGUACUGGACGAUUUAGAAGUGUUAUCCAGGGAAUUGAUAGAGAUGCUUGCACUGUCAAGGAGCCAAAAACUCCCCCAAGGAGGCGAGGACACCCAGAUCCUGGAGCUGCUGGUGCAGAGAGACAGAGAGUUCCAGGAGCUGAUGAGGGUGGCCCAGGAGCAGGGCAAGGUACACCAGGAGAUGCAGGUCCUGGAGAAGGAGGUGGAGAAGAGAGACUGCGACAUCCAGCAGCUCCAGAAACAGCUGAAGGAGGCUGAACAUAUACUGGCGACUGCUGUAUACCAAGCAAAGGAGAAGCUAAAAUCUAUUGAUAAGGCCAGAAAAGGGAGCAUCUCCUCAGAAGAGAUCAUCAAAUAUGCCCACAGGAUCAGUGCCAGCAAUGCAGUAUGUGCCCCUCUCAACUGGGUACCAGGUGAUCCACGUAGACCUUACCCAACUGACCUGGAGAUGCGCAGUGGAAUGUUGGGUCACAUGAGCAAUCUGCCAACCAAUGGCGUGAACGGACACCUCCCUGGAGAUGCACUGGCUGCUGGGAGAUUGCCAGAUGUGCUAACCCCCCAGUACCCCUGGCAAUCGUCCGACGUCUCAGUGGGUAUGCUCCCCCCUCACCAUGGCAACGACUUUGGGCUGGAGCCCCCCGGCCACAACAAGGAGAACGAGGACGACGUGGAAGCCAUGUCUACAGACUCAUCCAGCAGCAGCAGCGACUCGGACUGACUGAGUGUGUGUGUGUGUGUCUGUCCGUCCGUCCGUCAGCCCGCCCAUCUGUGUGUGUAUAUCUGAAUCCUCAGCUGACUGUGUGCUGGGAAUUGGACACUCCCAGUACCUCGUAGAGCCAGCUACCCAUCACACCCAUAACCUUUACGAUAAGCCAGAGUUUGAUCACUCUGACCCUCUCUUUUCCCAGCUUGUUGAUGAAACAUUUGUACUAAACUAUCUGUCAUCCCCAAUCUAAUACACUAUUUAUACAAAAGUAUGUGGACACCCCUUCAAAUGAGUGGAUUUAGCUAUUUCAGCCACACCCGUUGCUGACAAGUAUA